AUUUCCAGCUCCUGAACUCAGUCAAAUUAUUUUCCGAGAAAAUAAAAUAAAAGAAAAUCACUUGCAAGUCCUUUUUCUUGGAAUUAAAAAAUUCUCUUGAAAUAUUUGCAGUUAAUUUGUUGGUAAAAGUCAGCCAAAAGAUCCGUAACUAUAUCACGGCAAUCUCUCAGUUUUCGCUACCUCCAUUAUUGCAUAUAAUCCCAUCUCUACUAUAUAUCCGCUCUAAUUCUCAUUUCCUUUUUCCAGUUUUUAUUAGAAUUUUGUUUUUUUUUUUAGUUGUAAAGUUCUAGUCCUUUUUUUUUCUUCUUUUUUUGGGAUCUCUGCUCGAAACUCAGGUCUUACUGUACCUUUCUUUUUAAGCAGACGAAUUGAGAUUCAGGGUUUUGGGGGGUUUUGUUAAGGUUUUUUAUUUUUUCAUAUCAAGUGAGAAAGCUGGCUUUUUUUGGGGGGGUGCUUUUCGGGGGAUCUGUUGAUCAGGUGGUGAUCGAACUCUGAUGAGACGCCGUCCAGGGGCGUUGGCUCCUUUCGAAGCAAUGGAGAAAGGUUCCCCUAAGAAUCAACAAACCCGGCUCUGUUUUUUAGCUUCGUUAUCAGCAUUUUUCUGGAUUUUGCUUUUCUAUUUCCAUUUCGUAGUUCUAGGACGGAGCACCACAAUUGAGGACUCGGUUCCAUCGCCACCGUUCAAACUAGAGUCUCCUAUCGUCAAUGUCGAGUCCAUCCCUGCUCGGGUGACCAAGGAGAAACCACCAGUGGUGAAACCCGUUAUGAAUACGGCGACUGAAAAGGUGGUAACUUAUCCGUUUAUGAGAGCUUUAAGGACGGUGGAAAACAAGAGUGAUCUGUGUGGGGGAAGGUACAUUUAUGUGCACAAUCUUCCUCCGAGGUUCAAUGAGGAUAUGCUUAAGGAGUGUAAGAGUUUGAGCCUUUGGACUAAUAUGUGUAAGUUUACGAGUAAUGAAGGGCUUGGUCCACCACUCGAGAAUGUGGAAGGGGUGUUUGAGAAUACUGGGUGGUACGCCACCAACCAGUUUGCGGUGGAUGUGAUAUUCAAUAAUCGAAUGAAACAGUAUGAGUGCUUGACCAAUGAUUCAUCAAUCGCAGCUGCAAUAUUUGUGCCCUUUUAUGCGGGGUUUGAUAUUGCAAGGUACCUUUGGGGAUACAAUAUCUCGAGGCGGGACGCCGCCUCGCUCGAUCUGGUUGACUGGCUGAUGAAGAGGCCUGAGUGGGGUAUAAUGGGAGGGAAGGAUCAUUUCCUGGUAGCUGGGAGGAUCACAUGGGAUUUCAGGAGAUUGACCGAGGAGGAAUCUGAUUGGGGUAAUAAGCUUCUGUUUUUACCUGCUGCAAGGAAUAUGUCAAUGCUGGUGGUCGAAUCGAGCCCUUGGAAUGCAAAUGAUUUUGGGAUUCCAUAUCCAACAUACUUCCAUCCUGCAAAGGAUGAGGAAGUCUUUGUAUGGCAAGAUCGGAUGCGGAAUCUGGAGCGGAAAUGGCUUUUCUCUUUCGCAGGUGCACCUCGUCCCGGUAACCCCAAGUCGAUAAGAGGGCAGAUUAUUGAUCAAUGCAGGCAGUCCAAGGUGGGCAAGUUGUUGGAAUGUGAUUUUGGGGAGAGCAAGUGUCAUUCACCAAGCAGUAUAAUGCAGAUGUUCCAGAGCUCCCUGUUCUGCUUACAGCCUCAAGGAGAUUCAUACACACGAAGAUCUGCUUUCGACUCAAUGUUGGCUGGUUGUAUUCCUGUCUUCUUCCAUCCUGGCUCGGCAUACACACAGUACACUUGGCACCUUCCGAAGAAUUAUACUACAUAUUCAGUGUUCAUCCCAGAGGAUGAUAUUCGUAAACGGAAUGUUAGUAUAGAGGAGAGGCUUAGUCAAAUUUCUCCUGAGCAAGUGAAGAUCAUGAGAGAGGCAGUCAUAAAUCUCAUUCCAAGGUUAAUAUAUGCUGAUCCUCGCUCUAAAUUGGAGACUCUUCGAGAUGCUUUCGAUGUUGCUGUAGAUGCGGUGAUCAAUAAAGUCACUAAGUUGAGGAGGAACAUCAUCCAAGGUCGUACCGAAUAUGAUAACUUUGUGGAGGAGAACAGUUGGAAGUACGACUUAUUAGACGAAGGACAGCGCGAGGUCGGAGCUCACGAAUGGGAUCCUUUCUUCUCAAAACCAAAGGACGAGCAGAGAGAUCAAUCUGCCGAAGCUGCGAAAAAUUCUUGGAAGAACGAGCAGAGAGAUCAAUCAUAAAUGGAAGUUGGUGAAGCAGCAUAUAUAAGUUGAUCUAAAGCUUUGCAGUCUCCCAGUGGCAAAACAAGAGUUCCUUGUAAGUGCCUUGAUAUGCAUCAACUAUAGAUGUUUGCCACCAGGCAUAUCAGGCUCUCUUGGCCUUGUUUCAAACAAAAACAUAUAUACAUAAUCCCAGCACCAAACAUAGUUCUUAUAUAGUUUUCUCCUUUUGAGCUCACGUAUUUUUGCUUAUUGAUUCUUUGAAAUGUUUUGUGCUUGUCAUACAAAUUCGUACAAGAAAUAAUUACUAAUGACUUUGUUUUUUUUUUUUUGCUUCAGUCUCUCUGGGGGUUUUGUAAUCAGCUUUUGUGAUUCCAUUGUACCAUUUUACUAUAUUCCUUUUGCCAUGUCUGUUAAUUAUCAUAAUCUUAUAGCAUUUCUUAGCUUUUAGUCAGUUACGUCAAGUAAAAUGGGGGACAACUUCCAUUAUGUUCCCAAAUACAGUAGUUUUUUGAGCAUAAAGUUCCACACUAUAGAACAUCUGCAUUGCCUCAGGAGUCAAUCAUCGAAUGACUAUAUCAGUUGUGCUGUUGGUGAAGGCAAACAUGAUUUGUUGUUUUUCACAUGCCUGUAUUUACAUUUAUUGGUUCUUGGGUUACAUUGACCAGGACAAAAGAACAAAAAUGCAUCUGGGUGUGAGCUGGAUGAUGGCUUUAGUAUUUAGAUGAACAAAAAUAACUGGAGCCAGCAAAUCCACAGAUGGGAUGGAUUUACAGGCUUGAUGCUUUCACUUGGAACUUUCCCACCGAAAGAUUUGGAAAGAAAAUGAUCAUAAAUCUGGGUUUAAAACUUUUGAUUCAAAUAUCGAUGUCCAAAGCUGACACCAUCACGGCUGAAACUCCCCAUUGCUUCAUUUGAAUUGGACAAACAGCUGGCUCCUUGAACCGUGUUUUGGUUGCCAAGUUUGCUACUAUAACUUAUUGCUUUCCGAAUCUAAAAGCAAAACAUCAAUCUUUUGUAUGAACAAGAACUUAAAAAAAAAAUUGAAAAUUGAUUUUCAUGGAUGGAAAAAACACCCGUAUGAUUUUACUCUAUAUGGAAGUGGAACAACCCUUUAUGUUUGAAUUGUUGUUUUUGGAAUAUAUAUUACAUUGAAAAACUAAUGACUUUGAAAACCUAUGGUGACUAUUCCUAACAUGUAAUCAAAUAAUACAAACAAACAGAGAGCUACAAAGGUUCAAACUUUGCUAAAGUCAAAAUGCUUUUAACUAUGUUGUAUUUCUUUUCUGCUUUGGAUAGCAUGUCUUAUUCGUGUUAUGGUCGGCUUUGAGAGAAUAG